AACCAAAUAGUUAAUGGAAACACGGAGGUCGCAGGUGACGUCGCCUUCCUCCCACCAUUAGUCCCGCCUAUAAUUUGUUCGACGGAAUGCCCAAUAGAAGUUUGUCCCCGGAACAGCUCUGUGGGCGCAACGGAUGGCGGCGGCGGCGGCGACGAAGAAGGGCCCGUGGACGGAGGAGGAGGACGCGCGACUGGGGUGGUUCGUGGGCUUGUUCGGCGAACGCCGAUGGGAUUACUUAGCCCAGGUAUCAGGGCUCGGCAGGUCGGGGAAGAGCUGCAGGCUGCGUUGGGUCAAUUACCUUCAUCCCGGACUCAAGCAUGGCCGAUUCGCACCUGAGGAGGAGCAGCUUGUGAUCCAACUCCAUGCCAAAUGGGGCAACAGGUGGUCUCAGAUUGCACGUUCCCUCCCUGGUCGUACCGACAACGAGAUCAAGAACUACUGGAGGACUCACAUGCGCAAGAAGGCACAGGAGUUGAAUCUCUUCAGCUCACCAUCCAGCUCGUCAUCCUCAUCGUCUUCCCCUGCUAACGUACCAAAGCAUGAGUUAGAAAGCAUGGCAGAAGAAGAUACCUCUGCUGCUGCAGCAUUCGGAGUGACUGAGGGUGUGAAAGUCUACAGCAUGGACCAGAUAUGGGAUGAGAUUGCUGCCUCUGAGUCGUUUUGUGAGGAGGAAGACGACGAGUUCAAGAAUGAGCAUAAAAAUUGAUGAUGAUAAUUUCAUGCACAGUUGUUAAUCUGGAGGCAAAGUAAUUAGCUUGUCUACUUAUCGCAGAUGGCUUAACCAUUGCCUCUGUUCUUGCCUUGUCCAUAUCCGAUAUGCUUUUGUAAUCUAAGCUCGAUGUAGGACUUAAAAUGUGAUCUUUUUUUUUUUUUGAAGUUGUAACCUUUUGUUGAUGACAAGGAACAGAAUGUAGUUGAUGUUAAAGACUUGUUCUAUGUAAUCCUUUGUUCGAUAUACAUAAAGAACUAUUGGUUGAUCAAAAA